UUAUACCUUUGUUAAGAUGUUAAGCUGAACCGAAUCUGUUAAAGCAUUGGGCUUUUGAUCUGAGUGUGUGAUAUUUACGUCGGGUCCGUCACUCUCCUCCGAAGUCUGAUGGACUGCCCGCAGGUGAUCUCCUUCCGAAUUCCACAGCUUGCUGGCCCACUCUUCGGUGGCUACGUGGGCCUCGUGGCGCGCGUGAUCCAUUCGCUUGACGGGUCAAUGCAACAGCGACGUUGGGCCGACUGUAUGUUUGGAGAUAGAGGCCCAAGACAAUUGAGUGUCCGCGACUCCGGGGGGGAGAGGAGCGGGGCCGCGGCCAGAGCGACGCCAGUCCUCUACCCCCUCUCCUGAGUCCUGAAUUCUGAUGGUCGUCUGAUGCUCCUCCGCGCCGCCGCCAGGAAGAAGAAGACCAAGCACAGCGUCGCCACCUUGUUCCUCGCCCUCCACGGAAGGCCUUUGACGUCGUCGUCGUCGUCCUCCUCCUCCUCCUCCUCCUCCUCGGCCCUCGUCGACUCCAUCGCCACGUCGAUCCGCCCCUUCCCGGACUACUCCCCCAGGAAGCCCUCCCUCCGCGACGCCGACCUCGUCCGCGACCUCACCGCCGCCCUCCGCCAGCGCCGCUCCGACCCCCUCGCGCGCGUCCUCCGGCCCUUCGGCCCACGCCUCCGCCCCGACCACCUCCUCUGGGCCCUCCCCCUCCUCCGCUCCGACCUCCCCCUCCUCCUCUCCCUCCUCGCCUGGUUCCGCUCCUGCCACCCCGCCCCCUCCCCCGCCACCGCCGAGGCCACCGCCAUCGCCGCCCACCUCGCCGCCGCCGCCUCCCCCUGCACCGCCCGCCGCCUCCUCCGCGACGGCCUCCGCGAUGGCGGCCGCCGCUUCAUCGACGAGGUCAUCUACACCUACAAGCACUGGUGCUCCCACCCCUCCGUCUUCGACCUCCUCCUCCUCGCCGCCGUCGACGUCGGCCGCCUCGACGACGCGCGCGCCCUCUUCCACCACCUGCUCACCUACGGAGUCGUCGUCUCCGCCGACGCCUGCAAUUCCCUCCUCGCCCGCCUCCCCGUCGGCGACAUGCUCGCCGCCUUUGCCGACUUCCCGCAAUCCAGCGGCGGCGGCCUUCGCUGGAACGCCAAGUCGUACAACAUCGCCAUUCAUGGGCUGUGCCGCGUGGGCAAUGUGGGCGACGCCCGUAGGAUCCUCGCCGAUAUGGAGCCAAAGGCCGGAGUUCCGCCUGACGUCGUCAGUUACAGCACUCUCAUAAACGGCUACUGUUCCAUCGGAGAGCUCCGCGAGGCGAUGGAGCUCAUGCGCGAGAUGGCCCUCAAGGGUCUGAAGCCGAAUCCUUUCACCUAUAACAGUAUAAUGGCUCUCCUCUGUAAGGCCGGGAGAGUCGUGGGGGCGGAGCGGGUGCUAAGUUAUAUGGUGCGCCAUGGAGUGGCUCCCGACGCUGCUGUAUAUACUACCAUGAUCGAUGGGUUCUGUAAGAUGGGUAAUCUAUCUGCGGUCUAUAGGAUGGUGGACGAAAUGAGGAAGAGCGGACUAGUUCCCGACGCCAUCACUUAUACUUCUCUGAUCCAUGGGCUGUGCCGCAGCGGAAAGAUGGUUGAGGCGCAUAAUGUGUUUGAAGAAAUGCUCAGUGAGGGAUUAAAUCCAGAUGAGAUUGUGUACACUGCUCUUAUCGAUGGUUACUGCAAGCUCGGCAGGAUGACAGAUGCCUUUCGUGCUCAUAAUGAAAUGCUUCGCCGGGGAUUGACUCCGAAUGUUGUGACGUACACUUCUUUAUCUGAUGGCCUCUGCAAACAAAGGGACGUGGAGGCUGCGAACGAGCUGUUGCAUGAGAUGUGCAGCAAGGGACUGGAGUUAAAUGUAUGUACCUAUAACUCGCUCAUCAAUGGCCUCUGUAAAGCCGGCAACAUAGAGCAGGCAAUGAAGACCAUGGUGGAGAUGGAAGCAGCCGGACUUAAGCCGGAUGUGUACACUUAUACCACCUUGAUGGACGCAUAUUGCAAGUCAGGUGAGAUGGAUCGGGCCCGCGGGCUUCUCCAAGAAAUGCUAGAUAAAGGUAUCCGACCAAGUAUUGUCACCUUUAAUGUCUUGAUGCAUGGGAUGUGCAUGUCAGGGAUGUUGGAAGAUGGAAAGAGACUGCUUGAUUGGAUGGUAGAUAAGAAUUUCAUGCCGAAUGCUACAACAUAUAAUUCUCUAAUGAAGCACUACUCCCUCGAUAAGAAUAUGAAAGCCACUACAGAGAUCUAUCGGGGAAUGUGCUCUCAAGGCGUAGUUCCUGAUCAGAACACUUACAAUAUUCUGAUAACGGGUCAUUGCAAGGCAAGAAAUAUGAAGGAGGCGUGCUAUUUCCAUAACGAAAUGAUUAGCAAGGGUUUCAGUCUUAGUGAGGGUUCUUAUAAUGCUCUUAUCAGGGGCCUCCUCAGAAAGAAGAAAUUCAUGGAGGCAUGGGGAUUAUUUGAUGAGAUGAGAGCAAAGGGUUUUGUUGCCGAGCAUGACAUAUACAACACAUUUAUUGAUAUGAAUUACACGGAGGAAAAUAUGGAGGCGGCACUUGCACUCUGUGAUGAAGUAGUAGAGAGAUGUCUUGUGGAAACUAAAGUUGAUGAGACUUAGGCAGAGAGGAGCAUGGGGUCUUGGAAGAACGAUCUUUUCAUGGUACAGAUGUGCUCCAAAGGAAAUCAGGGUUCUGAAGAAGUGGUAGACUUCGUUCACGAUCCAGUGUCAUUUAAAAUGGAUAUAUCUUCCUCAGAUACUAAUGAACAUGCUUUAUUAGCCGAGCAAAUCAAAGCUUUAUGCUGUCCUGAUUGGAGAUAAAGGUUCCAGAUUGAACUGCUGAUCAACAUCAAGUUAACUUGAUCUAGAGUGAAAUAAUGUACUGCCGAUCUCCUGAAGAGUGAUUUUGGAAGCCUUCCAAACAACAAGAAUGCAUAAGUGUCUGUAUCUACUUUAAUUUCUACCCUUCCUUCUCCAAAAGAGUUGCUCAACUUUAUUUGAGAAAUUCACAAACUCAUGUAGGGGAACAAGACUACUGCUUCUCGAGGAACUGAUUUGGUGUCUUGAUUCACUUAUGCCCUGGGUGACACUUUUUGCUAUAUAAAUGGCUCCCAUAGUCCCUCUUUUCAAAUUCUCUGAUGUGCUAUUUUAUUACUUGAUCAUAUCUUUACUCCUGAUUUUUAGCAUCUUUUCAAAUUCUCUGAUGUGCUUUAUUGGCAGACAGCACAAAUAAUGUGACAAAUGGGCAUAAUAAAUGCCUUCUAUUUGAGGGUUGAACCGAGUUUAAUUAUUUCGUUUUCUUCAUUUUAUAUGUGAUUUUUUACCUUUUUGGGCUGCAGCUUGAUACCAGUGGCAAAGCAUCCACCACAGCCAAGGAGCAUCCACAUUCUUUCGUGUUCAACUUCUUUCAGAUUAGGAUGCUGAGGAUGUUUUGAUUCUUUAGGAGAGGGUUUGCCUGCCUGCCAAAACUUUGCAGACAUUUGGAUGAAUGUAAUUACAGUUCGUCCAUAAGCCAUGUUUAGUUUUUGCUAUCAGCCAUGACGAUGCUGAGGAGAUCACCAUUUAGCCAUGGGCUCAAUUCUGUACAAAUAGCCUCACAUUUGAAAGGUUCAUAGUCAGGUUUUGUGAAUUAUCCAAAACCUAGACUACAAUAAGGCGACAAUCUUCUCAGUAUCAAGGCAGUUAACUGCAGGACUAAUGUUUCCAGUCUUACUAAGCAUGAGUUACAAGCAAUUUUGCAGUUGCAUCAACCAAAUGACCCCUUUGCGGAGACUGCCUGACAUCGAUGUGUUGCCUUGAAGCUAUUACUUCCUUCAGGAGUGCAUGUGCCCAGGCAGCUUGCAGAUUAGACUGUAUCAAAAAGAAAUAAACAGCGAUGAUGGCAUUGGUUGAAACUUGAAAGAUCAAUAAUUGUACUUUUGGAAAUUUUGAACAAGUCAUUGAUGACACUUAGAGUAGAAAUCUUAUUCCAAGAGAUGAAGACAAUGAAAAAGGAAAAGAGAAGAAAGAGACCGUAGAUUGUGGCUUCAAGAGUAUUUGGAGAUUAUUUAUUAUGUCUAAUUGUUCAUACACUGUAAUGUGAGCAACCAGAUUUGUCCAUAAGUCAUUAUCAGUAUUACAUCAGAAUUGUGCUGAUACUGGGGCAAUUUAUGCCGCUGAGGCAUAUUUACAAUCAUUCCCAUCUAUGCUAAAUUCAGAAUCCAGUAAACAGUAUUUCAGUGGAAUUUCUAAGAGGAAAAA